AUGUCUGAUAAUUGCAUUCAGUAUGCUAGUGUUAUCAGAAAAGCAAGAACGGAGAAAAUUUAUCGCAAAUUUUCUCCUUCUAACUGUACUGUAAACAAAAACGAAUUACAUGGAGACAGCGGACUGCUUUUGGGUUACGUUUUAAAAUCCUUGAAUAAUGUUGGAAUUUGUAUAAUCGACAAUUUUCUUACGACGGAGCUAGCAAAAGAAGUGCAACACGAAGCCGAAGAACUAUAUGCAAUACCAGAAAAGUUCAGAAAUGCUGAAGAAAUUGUAGAAACAAAAUACCGAAGCGAUAAGGUAUGUUGGGUAGUAAGUUCUGACGACUCAAACAAAAAAAUAAACUCACUAAGAAGAGCUUUUGAUGAAUUAAUUGAAUCUGUAGCAAAGCUAAUAAACCAAACCAAUAAUGUGAGAAUAUCACAUCGUUCACAAACCCAAAUUUCAUGCUUUCCUCCGCACAGCUUUGGUUAUAAAGUUCACACGGAUAAUCCAAAUAAUAACGGACGUUUGUUGACAGUUUGCUAUUACUCUAAUGAAUGUUACAAUAACUUAACACACGGUGGUUUUAGUAGGUUUUAUGUGCCUGCGAAAGCUAACUUUGUGGACAUAGAACCAAUUUUUAACAGAGCAAUUAUAUACUGGUCAGACAAGAGAAUAUUAAAGCAAGUUCUGCCAUGCAGGAGAGAAGUAUUUUCUUUUACUACGUGGUAUUUUGGUGCAAUUCAUGACACUAAUUCAGUAAAAAGAAGCGAAAGUUCUAAUGAUUGUAUAGUGAAAAAAAGACAACUGAACGUACAAGAACGUACACGUCAAGAAUACAAAAAACAUCCAAAAGUAUCACGAGGAAACGUUUCAGUUUUUUCGCAAGCUCGCACGUAA